AUGAUAAUCGUUCGCGCCAAAACCGACCCGUCCGCUAUAAGCAAGUGGCACAAUUUUUGGCGCAAGCGUUACAAGAACCCGGAAUUGGAGGCAGAUCUGCUGCAGUGGAUACGCGAGAGGAGGCGCCGGGAGUCCCUGAAAGCGCAGAAUAUUCUAAACCGAGUUAAGAGGUUCGUGACGUUGAAAGAAAUGGUGGAUUAUGCGAUGGCUAUAGGGCCUUCGUAUGGCGUCCCGGCAGAGCAUAUUUACAGCAAGGAUUGGAUGCUUCGGCUAUUAAAGGACCACGGGUUGAAUUCGAGAGGGGAGGAGAUUAAUCUGGGCGAAGGCGCAGGCUCGGGGACUGAUGCCGGGCCUGAUGGAGCAGGUUCGGGGGAAGAGGGUCCUGCUGCUGGUGGUGCUGGAGGCGGGGACUCAGGUUCGGGGCGUGUUCCUUGGAACGAUAUUCCGUUUGAUAUUCGGAUUCGGUACGAGAUUUCAGUGGUCAAGCGUGCACGGCCGAACCUAGACAAUAAGGUGAUUGCUGCAGCGAUUACAGCUAAGUACGGAAACGAAGCGGGGAUGAACUUUCGGUCGCUGGACAGAAUAAGUACGUUUUAUGACAAGUGGUUCGGGAUUGUUACUGCAGCGGUGCCAGAUCCGAACCUGUUACGUACGGAGGAGGCAUUGGCGGAAUGGGUGAUUAAAAAGGAGGAGAGUGAGAAGAGGGAGGUGACCAGAGAGGAGAUUAUAGCGAAGGCAAAGCAGAUAGGGCCGGGGUAUAGUAUCCGGCCGGAUUUCAAGUAUGGCAGGCCGUGGGCGAUGCGGUUUAUGAAGAGGUUCGGGCUGCUGCUGUUGUCGGAGUCUAGUAACGAGGAUGCUGAUAACGAGGAUGAGGGAGGCGCGGGAGGAGAGGGAGGAGCGGGAGAGGAUGGGAUGGAGGGAGACGAAGAGGAGGGAGAGGUGGAGGGAUGGGAUGGUGGGUUGAUCAGUUUUGUGAACAUGCAGAUUCGGACUGCUGAGUGGGCUGCCUGGCAGGUGUUGCAUAAGUCGGCAGGGGGUACAGCAGCGGGACGCUCUUUAUCGAGUACAGGGGUAGGAAGGGGAGGAGAUGAAGGAGCUGCAACAGGAAUGAGGAAGAGAGGAAGCAAGCGGGUUAGGUGGGAGGACGAUGCUGGUGACGAUGGUGGUGGCGAUGGUGAUGGUGCUGAUGAUGGUGGCGAUGGUGACGGUGCUGGUUGUGGUGGUGAUGGUGUGAAGAAGCGAAGGCUUGGACAACUCACUUCCACCACAGAGGCUGCUGCUGUUGACGACGAGGAAUCGGGAGAGGGGGAAGAGGAGGACGAUGAGGGAAACGAGGAAGGGGGGAACGAGAGGAACGAGGGGAAUGAGGGGGAAUGUCGGGAUCCGGAUGUGUUACGGAGGCGGUUUGAGGAGUCCGAACUCUCAGCUUCAUACAGCAGUCGAGACGAGGACCCGUAUGCUCUCGACAAGUGGGUGGACGAUCCACAUGUGUCAAGUCUUAUGCGGGCCAUUCUGGGGCCGGAUUGGCUUAGUAAAUACCAUGGUGGUGCUACUGGCUGCGGCAUUUACCUCGAUGCUUCUGGUGCCAGCAGUGCUGCCCCUGCCUCUACUGCUGCCACUGCUGCUGGUGCUGGUGCUGGUGCUGGUGCUGGUGCUGGUGCUAUGGGUGGGCAUGGGCAUGGCAGUGCGUUUGUCAGGAGCCCGUCUGCCCUCGCUUCGCCGCUCAUGCAAUGCAUGCCGCUCUCUGCAGUGCCCAUGGUGCAGCAGAUGCAGCAGAGCGAAACCACCCCAACUCCCGGUGUGCGCAAGCGGAUACACGGCCCCCCUCUGCCCGUGCAGCUCCGCCGCUCCUUCCAAAUGACCACGCACCAAAAGCGGGCGCUUUGCCUCGUCAUACACUCCGUCCCGAACCUCUCCAGCUUGUUCCUUGCCAAGGCUCUGCUCCAGGCUUGGGGAACGCCCGUGUUUGAGUCCAUGGUUCGGAAAAUCAGGCAGCAUAGUGAUUGGUGGAUGAAUAUUCCGAAAGGGAAGGAGGAGGAGUUCAGGGUGAGAGGGAAGCGGUGGGAUUGGAAGAAGAGGAAGUAUUAUGCGGUGGAGGGCGGUGUGGAUGGGCGGGUGCAGUGUGUGAGGCUGGAAGCGGCGCUUUUGAGGUGGAUUGAGGCCAUAGGGGCGGGGGAUUUGGUGCGGAAGGGGACGAUAAAGGAGGGAGUGUUUGUGAUGGAAGGGGAAGAGGGGGGUGGUGAAGAGGAGGAAGGGAGGGGAGGAGGGGGGGAGGCGGGGGUAGGAGGAGGAGGAGGAGGAGGAGGAGGAGGAGGAGGAGGAGGAGGAGGAGGAGGAGGAGGAGGGGGAGGAGGAGGAGGAGGAGGAGGAGGAGAUGGGGCAGUUAACAGGGUUGUGGUGGAGGAUAAGUUGAAAUAUAGAGGGCGUUUAACGGUGCAGAUGCUGUUGGAUAGGGCAGAGAUGAUAGGGUGGAAACUAGAUGCCCCCUCUGACUUCGAAUACACAGAGGAAUGGGUGCUGGAGUCAGACCCGUAUGACCUGGAGAAGUGGGCAGAUGAUACGCAUGUGAAAUCGCUGAUGCAGUCAAUCUACGGGCCGAACUGGCUCCGUAAGUAUGCGUACCCGCGCUCUGUCAGGCAGGCUUCUGUUGCUGCUGUUGCCGCUUCUGCUGCUCGUGCUGAUGCUGCUGCUGCUGCUGCUGCUGCUGCUGGUGCUGCUGGUGGUGGUGCUGCUGGUGCUGGUGGUGCUGCUGCUGGCGCUGAUGGUGGUGCCGCUGGUGCUAGUCGUGAAGAGCUCCCAGUCAACCGCCCUGAUUCUCCUGACUCCCUCAACCCUGUUGACUCUGUUGACUCUGCUGAAGCGCUUGAUGCUCUUGACGCUAUUGACUCUCGUGGCUUCACUUCUUUGCCGCCUCGAAGCGCGCCUCCUCCACAGCACAUGAGUAUGCAGCGCCAACAAAGGGCGUGGGGCAGGGAUGGGUCCUGGGCAGGUGAGCUUAACCCUCCCGUUCCUCGCCGGGCAGGCGAGUUCAGCCCUGCUUCGACCAUGCCAGCUGCGCGCACGUCAGCACAGCAGCGGCGGCGAGGGUUUUCCAGCAGGGAUGGGCCCUGGGCGGCUGGUCUGCAUGCACCUCGUGCUGUUGCCGGCUUCUCUGGCUCUCGUGUUGCUGAUAAUGUUGGGUCUCGUGUCCCUGGUUUCCCCGGCUCCCGUGCUGCUGGCCCUCUUGCUCCUCGUGCUCCUGUCAUGGGUUCGGAGGAGUGGCAGCAGUCGCUGCAGAGGCAACAGAGGCAGCAGGGGGGUUCAGGCGUGAGGGGUUCCUCUUGGGCAGGUGGAUUCUCUGUCCCCCCACCUGGUCCCGGCCUCACCCCUCCUCGACCCAUGCCUGGAAACGCUUUCACUGCCACACCACCCCAUGGUACCGGUCUCAACCGUUCUUCACACACGCCUGGGCACACUUUCGCUGGUCCCCAUGCAGCUGGUCUCUCUCCCAAUGCGGCCCCUGCAGGCCCCAGCACACGUGGCAAGCGUUUGCCCAAGUGUGUGGUGAGACAGGAUCAGAGAGGAGGAGCUGGUGGUGGAGAGUGGUUGGGAGGGGUGACUGGCGGUAGUGCUGCUCUUCCUUACUCCUCUGGGAACGCGUCUGCGUACAUGUAUGAGCGGGCGGAAAGAGCAUUUGGUGGGAGUGAGUGGGGGGAAGGACUGGGAGGAGGGGGAGAAGCAAUGGGAUGGGGAGGAGCGGGAGGAAGAAGAGGGGGAGGGGGGGAAGAUGGAGGACCAGACUAUGGGGCUAGGGGAUUGGGUAAUGAGGAAAGGCAGGGAAAGAGGAGGAGGAUGGAAGAGGAAGAUAGAGCUUUUGAGGCGCCUCAAAAGCAGGCUGAAAAGCGGUCUAAGAAACGAAACGCCUCCUUUCACACCGCAUGGGCCAUGCUGGUUGGUGGGGGCGCUGUUGGAGAGAAGAAUUUGGAGAAUAAUGGUGAGAAGAAUGGUGAGGGGGAAUGUGAGCCGUCUGGGAACGCCAUGCUGGUUGGUGGGGGCGCUGUUGGGGAGACUCAGAAGAAUGCUGAGGGUGGAGUUGAGACGACUAGAAACACCAUGCAUGUUGGUGGGGAUGUAGGGGUGGAGACGGAUGGUGAGGGGGGAGAAACAGGGAGACAGGCGGGAGGGGAGGGGGGCGAGAUGGGCGGCAGUGACGGGGAGAGGGGGCGGCGGUGA